AUGCAACUGUUACAGCAGACGCACGAGGCAAUGAACGAAAGAAAGUUCAUGAAAUCUCAGAUGGAGAAACGUCGAAGGGAGAGGAUGAACCACAGUCUGGAGCGUCUGAGGACAAUGUUGCUUCAGGAGCCACAACAACUGGGGGCGCAGCACAGAGUGGAGAAGGCUGAGAUACUCGAGCGCGCGGUCCUCUUCCUGCAGAAGACCAGAGCUUCUGCUGCCGCGGCCGCUUCUUCUUCGUCUUCUUCCGAUGGUGCUGACGCGGGCCGUGGCCAGAAACACACCUUCCGAGACGGCUUCUCCAGCUGCCUGCAGACGGCGGCUCGGUUCCUGGAGCCCGACGGCAAAGGCCCGUGGCUCAGAGCAGCGCUCGGCGCGUCUGUCGCGGGCCACCCGGACUCCGACCCCGCUGCCGGUGUUCAAGGGAGACCCGGGGACACGAGACCCGGGGACACGAGACCCGGGGACGCGCGCGCGUCUUCCAGCUCUUCUCUGUCGCACACAAAGUCCAUCCUGCGGUCGCUGAGGCAGAAGUCCAAGCACAGGCCGCACGUGCCGCACACCGGCGCCUCCGAACCCUGCGGGUGUCCGACCCGCAGGGUUCGGACACAGAAGUCCCUGCAGAUGAGACGAGCUGGCAAACAGAGCCCGUCCCGGAGCGGCCCGGUGAACCGCGCCCUUUGGAGGCCGUGGCCCUGAUCGCCAUGCAGGCCGCGACCCAAACGACACUUGAUGACUCUGACGGCUCGCUGGGGGUCAACGUUACCCUCCCGAAAUGCCCCGGGAACCACAACUCGUAACGUCGACGUUCACCCGCGGCAUCCUGUAAAUAAUGUAAUAACGUGUAUGUGUGAUACUUUAUUUUGCUGCCGACACAUUGACUCCCCCGAAAGCCGGGCACACGCGCGGGCUGGGUCACGUGGUCCAGGUGGGACCGCUGCUGUGUUCCACUUUGUGCCAUGAUGUCUGCAGGUAUCAAUGCAGGUAUCAACAACGUGUAUUCU